CAGAAAAAACUUUAGCAUGUCAGCAAAACAACACGGAGGGGGAGUGAACUUAUGGACAGCAGUCAUAUUUUGAAGAAACAUUAUAAUAUUUUCAUCUAAUUGUGAGCAGUUUCAGUUCAGCCGGAAGCUGUCUGGUAUCCCGCCAGCAGUUCAGUAGAUGUCCACCCCCUCAGACACAUCAGGUGGUAUGUCCCAUCCUGGCCCUUCUCCGGGGGCAGGUCUAUCCCCAGGGCCCAUCUUGGGCCCCAGCCCAGGACCAGACCCCUCACCAGGCUCUGUUCACAGUAUGAUGGGACCCAGUCCUGGACCUGGGACACCCAAUGCACCUCAUGGCAUGCAGGGCCAGGGGCAAAGUGAUUACUCUCAGGACGGCAUGUAUCCUUUGCACAAGCCCAUGGAGGGGAUGAAUGAUAAGACAAUGGCAGACGCGAUCCACUUUGGCCACAUGAAAGGUGUAGGGAUGAGAUCUCUGCAUAGUGGAAUGGGGCCUCCACAGAGUCCCAUGGACCAGCACAGUCAAGGAUACAUGUCCCCUCAUCCAUCCCCCAUGGGUGUCCACGAGCAUGCUUCUAGCCCCAUGUCAGGAGGUGGAGGAGGUGGGGGACCUACACCACCCCACAUGCCUCCCUCCCAGUCAGGCCCUAUGAUGCCCAUGGAUCCCCAGGGUGGCAUGCCCAACAUGUCCAACAUGUCCAACAUGUCCAACAUGUCCAACAUGGGCCAGCAGGGGCGAGGACCUUCUGCUUUCAGCCCAGUCCAGCUGCAGCAGCUCAGAGCUCAGAUCCUGGCCUACAAAAUCCUGGGCCGCGGGCAACCUCUUCCUGAAAACCUUCAACUGGCUGUUCAGGGCAAGAGGAGCCUACCCACAAUGCAACAGCAGCAGCAGCAGCAGCAGCAGCAGCAACAACAACAACAGCAACAACAGCAACAGCAGCAGCAGCAGCAGCAGCAGCCGGCACCUAGUGCUAGUCCUUACAACAGACCUCCAGGUAUGGCAAUGGCACCUAUAGGUGGACCGCAAUCAAGUCCCUGCCCAACCCCUGUGAUGCAAGGACACAAUCAAAGCACUGGACCCAAGCCGUGGUCUGAUGGUCAGGGUGCUGAAAAUCAAGCCAGUGCCCAGAAGCACCUCACCCCUGCUUCCAGUGGACGUCCGUCCCCUGCACCACCUCAGGCCGCUGCUGUGCCACCGGGGCCCAUGCCAGGCAGCUCAGUGACCCCUCAGCCUCCUGGGCAGCAGGUGUCCCCCAUGCUACAGAUGCAGCAGAAGCAGAACCGUGUAACGCCAAUCCAGAAACCCCAGGGAUUAGACCCGGUGGGGAUCCUGCAGGAGAGAGAGUACAGAUUGCAGGCUCGGAUUGCACAUCGAAUCCAGGAGCUGGAGAGUCUGCCAGGCUCCCUGCCCCCAGAUCUGAGGACUAAAGCCACAGUGGAACUCAAGGCACUGCGUCUGCUCAACUUCCAGCGGCAGCUGAGGCAGGACGUGGUGGCGUGCAUGAGACGGGACACAACCCUGGAGACGGCCCUCAACUCGAAGGCUUACAGACGUAGCAAGCGACAGACGCUGAGGGAGGCACGCAUGACUGAGAAGCUGGAGAAGCAGCAGAAGCUUGAGCAGGAGAAGAAGCGUAGACAGAAACACCAGGAAUAUCUUAACAGUAUCCUUCAGCAUGCUAAGGACUUCAAAGAGUAUCACCGCUCAGUGUCUGGUAAAAUCCAGAAACUCACCAGAGCUAUCGCCAACUGGCACACCAACACAGAGCGGGAGCAGAAGAAGGAGACUGAGAGAAUCGAGAAGGAGAGGAUGAGGAGACUUAUGGCAGAAGAUGAGGAAGGCUAUCGAAAGCUAAUUGACCAAAAGAAAGACAAGCGUCUGGCCUACUUGCUGCAGCAGACAGAUGAGUAUGUGGCCAACCUCACCACCCUGGUGUAUGAACAUAAAGCUGCUCAAGCUGCCAAGGAGAAGAAGAGGAGGAGGAAGAGAAAGAAGAAGGUGGAUGGAGAUGGUGAAGGCACCAGCGCCAUUGGACCUGAUGGAGAGCCAAUGGAUGAGAGCAGCCAAAUGAGUGAGCUGCCAGUCAAAGUGAUUCAGACAGAGACUGGGAAGGUUUUGCAGGGAACGGAUGCUCCCAAAUCCAGCCAGCUGGAGGCUUGGCUCGAGAUGAACCCUGGGUAUGAAGUCGCCCCGCGGUCAGACAGCGAGGAGAGCGGCUCCGAGUUUGAAGAGGAGGAGGAAGAGGAGGUGGCCAAGGCAGAAACAGAGGAGAAGAAGAUAAUCGAUCCCAACGGAGAUGUAGUGUCUGUGAAGGCUGCCAAGCACAUCAUCGAGUCGGCCAAGCAGGACGUGGACGAUGAGUACAGUGUUCCCACUGGACAAACCAGCUCCCAGUCUUACUAUGGCGUCGCCCACGCUGUCAUUGAGAGGGUGGAGAAGCAGUCGUCACUGCUGAUCAACGGCAUGCUCAAACAGUAUCAGAUCCAGGGGCUGGAGUGGAUGGUGUCCCUAUACAACAACAAUCUAAACGGCAUCCUGGCUGAUGAGAUGGGCCUCGGCAAAACCAUCCAAACCAUCGCCCUUAUCACCUACCUGAUGGAGCACAAGAGGCUCAACGGUCCCUAUCUCAUCAUCGUUCCUCUCUCGACUUUGUCUAACUGGGUUUAUGAACUUGACAAGUGGGCACCCUCUGUGGUCAAAAUUGCUUACAAGGGCACCCCUGCUUUGCGCCGUGGGCUCGUGCCUCAGCUCCGCAGCGGGAAAUUCAACGUCUUGCUGACCACCUAUGAAUACAUCAUCAAGGACAAGCACAUCCUGGCCAAGAUUCGUUGGAAGUACAUGAUUGUGGACGAGGGUCACCGCAUGAAGAACCACCAUUGUAAAUUGACCCAGGUGUUGAACACCCAUUAUGUGGCUCCCCGCCGCCUCCUCCUCACCGGCACACCGCUGCAGAACAAACUGCCUGAGCUGUGGGCCCUGCUCAACUUCCUCCUGCCCACCAUCUUCAAGAGCUGCAGCACCUUCGAGCAGUGGUUCAACGCACCAUUCGCCAUGACAGGAGAGAGGGUCGACCUAAAUGAGGAGGAGACCAUCCUUAUUAUUCGGCGUUUGCAUAAGGUGCUCCGCCCCUUCCUGCUGCGCAGACUGAAGAAAGAGGUGGAGUCUCAGCUGCCAGAGAAGGUGGAGUACGUCAUAAAAUGUGACAUGUCUGCCAUACAGAAGGUUCUGUACCGCCACAUGCAGAAAGGCAUCCUCCUCACUGACGGUUCAGAGAAAGACAAGAAGGGCAAAGGAGGUGCGAAGACCCUGAUGAACACCAUCAUGCAGCUGAAGAAGAUCUGCAACCAUCCAUACAUGUUCCAGCACAUUGAGGAAUCUUUUGCUGAGCACCUGGGCUAUCCAAACGGCAUAAUCAACGGGCCUGAUCUGUACCGAGCAUCUGGGAAGUUUGAGCUCCUCGAUCGCAUCCUACCGAAGCUCCAGGCCACCGGCCACAGAGUCCUGCUGUUCUGCCAGAUGACCACUCUCAUGACAAUCAUGGAGGAUUACUUCACUUACCGCAACUUUCAGUACUUACGUCUUGAUGGAACCACCAAGUCUGAGGACCGAGCUGCACUGCUGAAGAAAUUUAACGAGGAAGGAUCUCAGUACUUCAUCUUCCUGCUCAGCACAAGAGCCGGUGGCCUCGGCCUCAACCUGCAGGCAGCUGACACUGUCGUCAUCUUUGACAGUGACUGGAAUCCUCACCAGGACCUUCAGGCUCAGGACCGGGCUCACCGCAUCGGUCAGCAGAACGAGGUGCGUGUGCUUCGUCUCUGCACCGUCAACAGUGUGGAGGAGAAAAUCCUUGCAGCUGCCAAAUACAAACUGAACGUGGAUCAGAAGGUCAUCCAGGCGGGCAUGUUCGACCAGAAGUCCUCGAGCCACGAGCGCCGUGCUUUUCUCCAGGCCAUUUUAGAGCAUGAGGAGCAGAAUGAGGAGGAAGAUGAGGUACCUGAUGAUGAAACCCUCAAUCAGAUGAUAGCUCGCAAUGAAGAUGAAUUUGAGCUCUUCAUGCGUAUGGACAUGGACCGACGCCGGGAGGACGCCAGAAACCCGAAGCGUAAACCUCGCCUAAUGGAGGAGGACGAGCUGCCUUCUUGGAUCAUCAAAGAUGAUGCUGAGGUUGAACGGCUCACGUACGAAGAGGAGGAGGAGAAGAUGUUCGGCCGAGGAUCGCGCUGUCGUCGGGACGUUGACUACAGUGACACGCUGACUGAAAAACAGUGGCUGCGGGCCAUCGAGGAUGGAAACCUGGAAGAGAUGGAGGAGGAGAUCCGACUGAAAAAGCGCAAACGCAAGAGACGUCAGGACAAGGACUCGUCAAGCAGAGACGAUGGCAGCGGCAAGGCCAAGAAGCGACGAGGACGUCCACCCGCAGAGAAACUCUCCCCCAACCCCCCCAAACUCACCAAGCAAAUGAACACCAUCAUCGAUACAGUGAUCAACUACAGAGACGGGUCAGGAAGACAACUAAGUGAAGUCUUUGUCCAACUACCAUCCAGGAAAGAGCUCCCAGAAUAUUAUGAGCUGAUCAGAAAACCUGUGGACUUCAAAAAGAUCAAGGAACGUGUGAGAAAUCAUAAAUACAGGAACGUGGGAGACCUGGAGAAGGACGUGAUGCUGCUCUGCCACAACGCCCAGACCUUCAACCUGGAGGGAUCCCAGAUAUACGAAGACUCAAUUGUCCUUCAGUCUGUGUUCAAGAGUGCCAGGCAGAAAAUUGCCAAGGACGAAGACAGUGAUGACGACAGCGACGAGGAUGAUGAUGAUGAGGAUGAGUCAGAGGCCGAGGCCAAGUCGGUGCGGGUUAAGAUCAAGCUGAGUAAGGAGGCGCGGAGCCACGACAAAGGCAAGAAGAGGCAAAGCCGAGGGAAGGCCAAGCCGGUGGUCAGCGACGACGACAGCGACGAGGACCAGGACGAUAUUGAUCAGUCAGACAAGAGCAAGAGCGAUGAUGAGUGAGGAGGGGGAUGCAAGGACACGAGGAUAUUGCUUAUAGCACUUACAAAAAAAGGACAAUAUCUUCCAUUACUGUCAUUCAGGUGCAUAUUCUGUAUUUUUAUGUUUUAAUUUUACUUCAUUUGUCCUCUUUUGUCUGUUUGUAGUGUGUAUUGUCGUACCUUCUCCCACCAGCUUGGAAAUGUAUUACUAAUAAUCGAUAAGCUACAGCAAUACCAAUCUGCUUAUAUUCCUGUUUUUAAAACAAUUUUGUAGUAUAUUUUUUAACUCUGUGCUUUAACUAAGAUUUAAAUUCUGUACGAACAAAAGGAAAAGGAAAAAAAAGAUUUGGUCAUGCCACACGCGCUUUGCUUUAUUUGUACUUGCUUGCUUGCACUUUUAGAAAAUGAAAUCUUAAUAUCCAAAUUUAAAAAAAAUGGGUAAUAAAAACUAAAAUAUAUAUAUAACACCAAGGACAUCCAAGUCAAUUUGGAGAGUCACUGGUGAUUUAAAAAAAAAGAAACAAAAAAGGCAAUCAAGUUUUUAAUUUUUUGAUUUAUUGUUUCACCUUGUGCAGUGCCAAAAUGUUGAAAUGUGGAGACGUUGAUCGUUCGCUAAAGCCCGCCCCCGACUACAUGAUUGUCCAAUCAUUGCUUAGCAACCGUAGCUAGGCUAAAAAGGCCAGCCUCUCAGAUGAGAAGAUUUCCUCCUUCUCUUUGUAAACUGAGUAUUUUUGGGAGUUUAAACUUGCCAUCAAACAAAACUAAGACUUUUUCUCAUUUGACAUUUCAUUGACUUAUCAAGGCACAUUAAUGGACAAAGAAAAUAAUCCUUAGGUGCUCAUCGUUAACUACCUACGUUAAUUUGUUGGGUAAAAUCGGUUAAGUUUAAAAAGCUCCAAUCACAACUAGCAGAUGUACUGUGAAGUAUUUCUGCACUAUGUGGAGGCUGAUCCUGGAUGCUGUUAGAUUUUCUGUUACACAACACAACUGUUAGUGCUUUAAGUGAAAGCUGAAAGCUUACUGUAGUAAAGUUACAAGUGAAAAUAUACUGUUUGAAAAGAGUAAAAGUAUGUAAGCUGUUUCCUGAUCAUGAGCUGUUGAGGAUUCUGACUUUUUGCUUGUAGCUUUAGCUUCAGUCCUUCAGUCCUAUAUUCUCAUUUUAAAAUGAGUCACCAGAGUCAGUGUUUAACCAACUCAUGGAGCUAACAUUAGCCUAGUCACCUGGGCUUUUACAGCAGAUUAAAAUCUGACAGCAGCGGUUGCAACAAACCGUUAUCUUCAUAAGCAGUUAACUGUUUAUCGUUGGUCAGUUAAAUGACAAAAAAUGCUGCUCACAACUUUGUUCAACCAACGGUCCAAGAUCCAAAGAUAUUCAGUUUGUCAUGAUGAGAAAUAGGAAAUCCUCCCACUUCAGAGGCUGAAAGCUGAAAUAGUCAGUUUUUCUGUCAAUCGACUAAUCAGCUCCAGAUCAGUUUCAAAAGUUACUCUGAAUUUUAAAAGCUCAUCAGACGUAGCAUCAGGGCUUAGCGAACAGUCACUUACGAUUGUGAAAGUUGAGAUUUAUGUACCUUUGAGCCAAUAUGACAAAAUGUCAGCAGUUGCCUGAUGAUUUACAGAUUCAUUUGAGGUGGCCAUAAAUGCUGAAUGCUUUUUAAAUUGCUUUUACUAAGAAAAAUGUAACCUUAUGUUAUAGAGGCAGCACUUCAUUUAGAUAAGUCCAUGUGUUUCAUGUAUGUUUUCCUCUAAUGUUCUCAAGUUGUUGUGAAUCAGAGCAGAGGCUCUGAACUUUGUUGUAAUGAUUUUCUCACACAGAGAAGGUGCGUUUGGGUCGUUUUUGAUUGAGAAACUGGGCCUUCACAGCAACAUCUCACUGUAGGCAGCAGAUUCACGGGGAAACACCUUGUUUUGUUGAGUAAAACCAGCAUCUAUCGUAGCAUUAGAUGUAGCUUUUUAAAGCGUCCGAACUUGUUACACCAUGCAGUCCUGUUGCAGUGAACAGAUUGUAAAGAAACAGGUCUUAGCUGGAUUUUUGCAGAUUAUUAAACGGUAGACACACAUCACAAAGAAAACAGUAUUAUGGGUUUAAAAAUCUGAUUUGAAUGACAUUGAAUAUAGCAGUAUAUUUUAAACAAUGUAUUAAUUUUUACAUUUGGAUUGAUGUGUUUGUGUUGCUUGUGUAUUAGUUUUGAGCCCUCAUGUUAUCGGUUUAUAUGUUGUUUGUAGCAUGAACUCUUCUGGCAGUAUACCGUGUACAUGCAGAUAUAUCAUUUUGGUUUGUGUAAUACUGUAUGUGCUUGCCGACUCUCCAUAAGUGUGACUUAAUCUUUGCUUUCUUUGCACAGUGUCUGUGGUUGUAUCUCAUAGCCCAGGGCAAAUAAAAUCUCACAGAUUUUCAGCACAAAAA